AGUGCCAGUCCACCACACACAAGCGAGUUCAAGUUCUAAAGCCGGCUACUGUGAUGAAACUUCCCGAUGCUUCUUCUAUCUACACCACCAUUCCACUGUGAUGUUGCGUUAAAGCAUCAAACACGUCUUCAGCGCCAGAACCGUCCCCGUUCGAUGUCUUAAAGUUUCGCUCCCCAAAAAAAAACUCAAACCAGAGAAGAAAUAGUCCUGACGGGAAACGCACAGGUUGUGUACGUGAAUCUGGUUGGACGGCGUCUCAAACGGUGCGUGGCAAGUGUGUGUGUGUGUGUGUGUCGUUUGUUUUCGUUUGUCGCCAUCUUCUCCCCCGGCCCGUCCUGUCCUGGUGCAUUAUCGGCCAGAGCUGUGGUGGAGUGUUUUGGUUGCGUGCAGUUGCACCGAGGGGCCCACCGAGGGUUCCCCCUGGCCUGGCCGGCGGGCUACCUGUGCGAUGUGCAUUGCGUUGCGUUGUGUUUGUUCCGUUGGUUCGUUGAAUGUACCAAACACGGCGCGGCACACAUAUCGGCGUUACCUGUUUUAAAGGGCAUCUCAUAAAAGCAACAACAACAAAAUAAGGCGUUAAAAGAAAGCCAAGUGUGUGAAGCCAAGUGCAAAAAGGAGGAGCAUUUGUGUAGUUUAUGUAAUUGUAGCUCCUCAGAGUGUUGAUUAUUGUCCUCAGUGUUAACAAGUGUGAGCUGUGUUUUGUGUAUUUUGAAAUUAAAUCCUGAUCGUAAGCACUCCAACAAGAUUCGUCGUACGACGGCAAAAAGGAGGUGCGUUAUUCACACAAUUACAACAAUUUCAAAAUCAGAGGUGUCAAUCCGGCAGAUCAUAGCUUAAUGUUGAUCCAGCGGAAAAAGGUACUCAUUGCGCCGUCCGUCGCACCCAAGUCGCACUGUGCGAGCGAUCCAUGAUCCACGCCCGUCCGGACAUGAGAACCCUCGCCGGUGUAACGUAGUGUGUUUUGUGUGUUGUGUGUAGGGCACGCAGCCGAUAGGGUAGCGUAUGUGUGUGUUUGUGUGUGUGUAGUGUAAGCGAACGCGGCGUGUUCCGGCGUCCCCGGAAGUGAACGCAAACGAGACGAACGACGUGACACUUCCGUUCACCCGGCUCAUGUCGAACCGGCGCAUCGUCUGUUUGCAGGUGUAUCAUCGCGGUGGUCGGUGGUACGGCCAGCGGUGAAGGAGCGCAAACGGAAAACAAAACACGACGACGCGGUACCCCAUUGAACCGAUAUCGGGGAACGGAAGUCCGGGACUGACUCGGGCCCAGGACGUCUCAAAAAGCCAUCAUCGUUAACGCGGGCGGCGUGUGUAGCUGGUGGCCGUCGAAAGGGACGCCUUCCUGCCUCGGAAGGCAGCAAACGGUGGAGGUGCCCCCGAUACCAGCGGGCACCCGGCGGUCGGUGGUGCGAUGGAGCUGAAGGUAUGGGUCGAAGGAAUCCAACGUAUCGUGUGCGGCGUCACGGAAGUCACCACGUGUCAGGAUGUUGUGUUUGCGUUGGCACACGCCACCGGCAAAACGGGACGCUUUACGCUCAUCGAACGGUGGCGCAAUAACGAGCGUCUACUGGCACCGCACGAGAACCCGCUCAAGAUCCUGAUGAAAUGGGGCGAAUACUCGAGUGACGUGCAAUUUAUCUUGCAACGAUCAGAUCAACAGCAGCAGCAGCAGCAGCAGAAAAAGGAUGCCCAGCAGCAACCGCAGCAACAACAGCAACAACAGCAACAACAGCAGCAGCAUCAAACGGCACCAUCGACGCAGACUGCACAGUCCCAGCAGCAGCUGCUCCGCCAGCAGCAGAAGCUAAACCAACUCAACAACAAUCAUAUCGGUGUGAACGGUGGGAUAACGAAUGGCAAGCACGGCGGCCUAACGUCUCCCACAAGCCCCAACGGUAACGGCCAUGCCAAUCCUAUCAUCCCGAAUGGCGUACACAGCACGCAUAACCAUAUCAACAAUAACAACAACGGUGGCUCGAUUGGCGGCGGGCAGCACUACUCACAACACCAUCCGAGCAAUGGUGACGAGCAGCAGUCGUUGCUGCUGCAUCAAGCACAUCAGCAGCAGCAGCAGCACGCGAAGAGCAAACUUCAUCAAAACAAUCUAAAAAAUAGCGCCAACAACCAGCUCCACCACCAACAACUCAUCCAUCAGCAACAGCAGCAGCAGCAGCACCAACAACAUCACCAUCAGCACCAGCUAUCCUCAUCGUCUACUUCAUCCGCCGACCACCAGUACCGAGCGCACCAACAUCAGCAACAAUCGAACGGCGGCGUCGGUGCGUUAAUUCGAACCGGAAAUGAUCCUUCCAACAACAGAUCGGCGGGCGGGCCCGGCCCGCUGGAGUCGCCGGUGGCCGUAAAGCAAUCGGAAUUGAACAUCUCAAGCAGCAGCAGCAGCGCGGUGGUGGGCGGUGGACCGCUCGAGCGAGGCAAAGAAACGAGAAAAAGUCUCAAUUCGUCCGGAUCAAGCGGAAAGACGGACCACCAUCACAACCACCAACAGCAACAGCAGCAGCAGCAGCAGCACCAUCAUCACUCACAGCAGCAGCAGCUGCACCAUCAGCAGCAAUCUCAGAAGCUUCAGUCGCAGACGACGGCAAACCAGCAAAAUGGAAACGUCGUUGGUGUCGUGCGAGGCAUGAUGCAACACCAGCAAAAGUACAGCCAUGUUCAGCGGCAUUCGCCCAACAGUAGCAGCAGCAGUAGUACCACCACCACCGCGAAGGCGGGUGUCUCCAGCACCACGGCAGCAGCGGCGGCGGCGUCGACGAGUGACCACAGCACAAGCAGUAGCAGUAGUGUGAGCAGUACCGCCAGCUCCAGCUCGACCGCCUCCUCGAACAAUACCAGCACGAGUAGUGGGAUUGGUGGAAGCGGUGGCAGCAGCGGCACGAGCAGUGGCCACCAUCAGCCGGUAGAGGCGACGUACGCCAGCGUGAUCAAGAAGCCGAAAUCGCACCCAACGGCAACGUCCGCCGGCAGUGGAAACAACAAUAAUGUGGUCGGUGAAUUUAACGCCGCCGAUUUGCGCAGCUCGCUCGACCGCAAGGUGAAUGGGUUGGUGUUUAGCAACGGGUUGAACGAGCGCGUCACGCAACCACCACCGUCGUCGUCCUCCUCUACGUCACCAGCGAUGCCGGUGGGAACGGGUGUAGCAGGACCACAGCAACAGCAGCAGCCUUCGGGCUCCUCCUCCAGCAUGAUUGUCGGCGCCACACUGAAGCCGGACCAUCAGCAGCAACAUCACGGGACGCUGGGACGCCACUACCACCAUACGCAGCUGCAGAAUCUACUGUGCGCAGACAAUCAACAUCAACAACAACAUCAGCAGCAGCAGCUGGACACGAGCAGCGUGAGCAGCAUCAGCGGCUCGAGUAUUGGCGGUGGCGGUAACAGCUCCAACAGCAAUCAUCCGUCGCUGCUGACGGGCUCCACGACCAACUCACCGAUAACGGGCAUCUCGUCGAAUGGGGCGCUAGUGCCACCGCCUUACCGGGAUCCACCGCCGCCACGGAACAGCCCCCUGUCCCACACGCUUACCAGUCUGAGCAGUACCGGGAGUGGCACCUCUGGCAGUGGCAGUCGACGGCACGAGAAGGACACGGGAGCGGGUAACCAUCUCUCCGCCAGUGGCGGUGGUGGCUCAUCGUCCGCCUCCUCUACCGUGUCGUCGCUCGUGGUGGUUGGCCCCAAUGGAGGGUCGGAGGAGAUCCUGGUCGGCGACAGUUUACCGCACGCGUCCGGCUACCGGGAACUGAUGCAGCUUAUCAAGUUGCAGCGCGAGAAAAUCAAUACCCAGCAGGCAGAUCUGUCGAAGUACGACAGCGAGAUCGUCUACCUGGAGAGCCGCAGCCGGGAGCAAACGGACCAGCUGGACGCGAUCGCGCAGGAGAUCAGCAAGACGGAGGCCCAGUUCCGGCAGACGGGCGACCAGCUGCAGGCGUACCAGUACGUGGAGGAGGAGAGCGAGCUGGUCCGGCAGCAGGAGAAGACGCUCAAGUCGGAGAUAACGCUGCUGCGCUCGAAGCUGGCCAACUGCGAGACGGAGCUGCUGCAGUGCAAGAACAAGAUCCGGCUGCUGAUGGACGAGAUACUGGUGGAGCAGCGCAAGUAUAGCCGACAGUACGAUCCGAACCGACAACAGCUGUUGGAGCGGGCUCUAAUGUGUGAAGUUGACAGGCUGCAGGUGGAGAUCGACCUGGCGGUGCAGAGCGCGGACCAGGCGAACAAGGCGCACGACAAGCUGAAGGGCGAGGUGACGCUGCUCGAGGGCGCGAUCGCGGACAAGAAGAAGCAGGUCGAGAAGCUGGUGCACGAGAUGAAGGAGGUGAACCUGCAGAGCCUGGCGGUGGUCCCACCGGCGGACGAGGUGCGCCAUCUACUGGAAGUUGGCUCCGUGAAACCUGGCAGCACCCGGCGCAUGAUCGGAUCGCCCAGGCAGCUGGAAAAUGCAGUCCCGACGAGUAAAAAUCCCCACGGCGUUUGGGUCUAGAGGGAGGCGCAGUUCCAGGGUUGCAAAAAAGGUGGACGACUCCCCCCGGGGGAUGACGAGCGAACGAUUCGUGUAAAAUCAAAAUAUGAUGGUAACCAUUCUCAAAUGUGAUAAUUGUCGGUAAGCGAAACAGGAGGUAAAGCAUCAACAGAAGCGGCAAAAUAAGGAGCUCUAGGGAACUCGAGUUAGGAAUUGCAAAACGAAGACGAAAGCAGAUGCUGAAUGAAAAGCGAAUUUUGGGAGAAAAAGCACACAGACACACGCAAACAGAAAUAGAUUGCGCACUUCACCCUCUAGAGGAACUUUACGGUUGCAUACAGCUCAUUCCAUCAUUUUUGGGGGUAUUUUUGGGGCAAAAGGUAGUAGAUCAGGAAUUGCGUCGUUAGCGACAAUUGGGGAAGGAAUGGCGGAAAUGAGAGUAAACGUUUUAGGGUCCAAAAUAUGUCCACUUUGACAUUGCGUGGCAAAGGAAUGCGCCGUCCCAGCUGGAGCAGGAUGAUAGCUAAGUAAAGCAGCGGAAAGAAGUGUAAUGUUUGUUUGUGUGCGUGUGUGUGUGUGUGUAUGUAAUACAGAUUGUUACACAUAGGCUUUAAGGUUUAUUUCCACACACACGAAAUGCGGGCUAGAGUGUAUUAAUUUGUUAUAAAAAGAUUAAAAACCACUGAAGGAGUUUGGAAAACAAACGAAACUCCUCGAACGUUCUUAUCAAAUCACACACAUUGGUCCUUCUUCUUACCGAGUGUGGAUGCCAUUUUAGCCCUUUAAUCUAUACCACUCGAUGUAAUGUAUGUGUGCUUUUGUUUGUAAACUGUUCAUUCUCUCAACGUGAAAAAAACACAAAAACAGAAAGGCUUUAAAACCACACCGUCUCUUGCCCUGUUCCGAGUAGGGUUACGUACGCAAUAGUAGCCGUGUAGUUUCGUUUUAUAUUUAUUUGUUUGUGCCUACAAAUGUGUAAGCACUCGCUACACUUUUAACUUUCUCUUGCCUCGGGGACGUAUUUAAGUAAUGUAUUUUUUAAAAAAAGAAGCCCCAUGUGUUUUCUGUGCAGAAUGUGCUUGCCCGAAUGUGUGUGUAUGUGUGUCCAUUGUGCUUUAUUGCCAUUGCCAAGCCAUUGCAAAACACACGUUGUUGCCCUUCUGGAAAAGCAACCGUACGGUGUGGCGAAACGAACCGAAGCAGCUCAUGUAAGAUAAAAGAGCUUUUAAUGCACGUCGAAAGCUCCCGUACGCUUAAUCCUUUCCUGCUGCUGCUGCAGUGUGGAAUGUGUGUGCAUAUUGGAUUUCCCACAGGCGUGCAGAGAUGCAUACUCGUUUGAUUUAAAUAAAAUCCACACAACGAGCACGUGAGGUUUGGCCUUCAAAA